UCUGAAGCGGCACACGUACACACACCGCUGCUGUAUGUGUUCGCAGCGGAGGUCAUGCAGCUCGGUUAACUGCCUGGUGCCGACUCUACACUGAACCCAGUCACUGUAACUCUCUAGAGUGGGUUUACUGUCAGAGACUGGUUUCUUUUCUGUUUUUUUUUUGUGUGUUUGUUUUUCCGGGAUUUCCGAGUGUCUUUCUGUUUUUCCAGGAUGCUCCAGAGCAGUGAUUAAAUACAUCAGAGGAAGAAAGCGUUGAUCAAGCACCUGGAACCUCCUGGUUAGACUGGGAAAUGACAAGCGACAAACCGGUGACAAUGCCGGGCUCCCUGUCGCUCUCGGACCGUCCUCCAGGUCACCGGCAGCCCGCGGCUGCAGUCUCCGCUGCUGCUGCCGGUGAGACAAUGAUGAUGUCCGGCUCGGGUUCAGUGGUCCUCCCGGCUGGGAUGAUCAACCCCGCAGUUCCUAUCCGUAAUAUCAAGAUGAAAUUUGCUGUUCUCAUCGGACUUAUCCAGGUUGGAGAGGUUAGCAACCGGGAUAUCGUUGAAACGGUGCUCAAUUUGUUGGUGAGUGGUGAAUUUGAUCUGGAGACAAACUUUAUAAUCCAAGAUGCAGAAAGCAUCGGCUGCAUGGUGGAGCUACUGGAGCACUGUGAUGUCACCUGCCAGGCUGAAAUCUGGAGCAUGUUCACGGCCAUCCUUCGAAAAAGUGUUCGAAACCUGCAAACAAGCACUGAAGUGGGCCUCAUCCAACAGGUGCUGCUCAGAAUGUGCUCUGUUGAAGACAUGAUUGCAGACUUGCUGGUGGAUAUGUUGGGUGUGCUGGCCAGUUACAGCAUUACAGUGAAAGAACUGAAGUUGCUCUUCAGCAUGUUACGAGGAGAGGGAGGUGUUUGGCCGAAGCACGCAGUCAAAAUGUUGUCGGUGCUGAAUCAGAUGCCCCAGAGACACGGACCAGACGCUUUCUUCAACUUUCCUGGUCGCAGUGCAGCAGCAAUUGCUUUACCUCCUAUAGCUAAGUGGCCUUAUCAGAAUGGCUUUACAUUCAACACCUGGUUCAGAAUGGAUCCACUGAAUAAUACCAGUGUUGACAAGGACAAACCGUAUCUCUACUGCUUUCGCACCAACAAAGGUAUUGGUUACUCUGCGCAUUUUGUUGGGAACUGUUUAAUUGUGACAUCGCUUAAGUCUAAAGGAAAAGGUUUCCAGCACUGUGUAAAGUAUGAUUUUCAACCCAGGAAGUGGUACAUGGUCAGCAUCGUUCACAUCUACAGCCGCUGGAGGAACAGUGAAAUAAGAUGCUAUGUAAACGGACAGCUUGUUUCAUAUGGAGACAUGGCAUGGCACGUCAACACAAAUGAUAGUUAUGAUAAGUGCUUCCUUGGGUCCUCAGAGACAGCGGAUGCUAACAGAGUAUUCUGCGGGCAACUAGGAGCUGUCUAUGUGUUCAGUGAAGCCCUCAAUCCUGCACAAAUAUUUGCAAUUCAUCAGCUAGGACCAGGAUAUAAGAGUACAUUCAAGUUCAAGUCGGAGAGUGAUAUCCAUUUAGCAGAGCAUCACAAGCAGGUGUUGUAUGAUGGCAAAUUGGCAAGCUCCGUUGCCUUCACCUACAACGCCAAAGCCACUGAUGCCCAGCUUUGCCUGGAGUCUUCUCCUCGUGAAAAUGCCUCCAUCUUUGUGCACUCACCUCACGCCCUAAUGCUUCAGGACGUGAAAGCCACAGUGACUCACUCCAUCCACAGUGCCAUUCACUCCAUCGGUGGUAUCCAGGUACUCUUUCCGCUCUUUGCUCAGCUGGACUAUCAUCAGCUGAAUGACAGCCAGGUGGAAACUACAGUCUGUGCCACCCUCCUGGCUUUUCUAGUUGAGCUGCUCAAAAGCUCUGUGGCCAUGCAGGAGCAGAUGUUGGGAGGAAAGGGUUUUUUGGUGAUUGGAUAUCUACUAGAGAAGUCUUCUCGUGUACACAUCACAAGGGCUGUACUAGAACAAUUCCUUUCCUUUGCUAAAUAUCUGGAUGGUCUGACACAUGGAGCACCACUGCUGAAGCAGCUGUGUGACCACAUCCUGUUCAAUGCUGCUAUCUGGAUCCACACCCCUGCCAAGGUACAGCUUUCUUUAUAUACAUACCUUUCGGCUGAGUUCAUCGGCACAGCAACCAUCUACAACACAAUCCGUCGUGUUGGCACUAUCCUUCAACUCAUGCAUAUGCUGAAAUACUACUACUGGGCAUCCAACCCUGCAGAGAGCAGUGGCAUCACUCCAAAGGGUCUUGAUGGUCCACGGCCAACCCAGAAAGAAGUAAUUUCUCUGCGGGCAUUCAUGCUUCUCUUCCUCAAGCAACUCAUUCUGAAGGAUCGAGGUGUAAAGGAGGAUGAAUUACAGAGCAUCCUGAACUAUUUGCUGACCAUGCAUGAGGAUGACAAUCUACAUGAUGUGUUGCAGCUGGUGGUAGCGCUCAUGUCUGAGCAUCCAGCAUCCAUGAUUCCUGCUUUUGACCAGAGAAAUGGAAUACGGGUAAUGUACAAGCUCUUGGCCUCUAAGAGUGAAAACAUUCGUGUACAAUCCCUCAAAGUACUUGGGUACUUCUUGAAACACCUGGGACAUAAAAGAAAGGUGGAGAUCAUGCACACACACAGCCUUUUCACUCUUCUGGGCGAGAGGCUCAUGUUGCACACCAGCACUGUGUCUGUUACAACCUACAACACUCUUUACGAGAUUCUGACAGAGCAGGUAUGCACACAAGUUGUUCACAAACCUCACCCAGAGCCUGACUCCACUGUCAAGAUUCAGAACCCAAUGAUUCUCAAGGUGGUAGCAACUUUAUUGAAGAACUCCAGUCCCAGUGCAGAGCUGAUGGAGGUUCGACGGCUGUUUUUGUCCGAUAUGAUCAAACUCUUCAGCAACAGUCGAGAGAACAGACGAUGUCUGCUGCAAUGUUCUGUAUGGCAGGACUGGAUGUUUUCUCUUGGAUACAUCAACCCUAAAAACUCAGAAGAGCAGAAAAUCACAGAGAUGAUGUACAACAUCUUUCGUAUUCUGCUCUACCAUGCCAUCAAGUAUGAAUGGGGAGGAUGGCGCGUGUGGGUAGACACUCUCUCCAUUGCCCACUCUAAGGUGACAUAUGAGGCGCAUAAAGAAUACUUGGCCAAGAUGUAUGAAGAGUACCAGCGUCAGGAAGAGGAGAAUAUUAAAAAAGGAAAGAAGGGUUUGGUCAGCACUAUAUCUGGUCUGUCUGCCCAAGGCUCUGGAAUUAAAGGUGUGAUUGAGAUCAGAGAAAUGGACGAUAACUCUCAUACACCUGAAAGUGAGACAGACUAUGAGAGUGCCGACUCACACAACCUCCUGGCAGAAGGAAAGGGGCCGGCAGAUGGUUAUAGAGGAUCAGAGGGCACUGUCAAUGGAGUUAGGGUUGCAGUUCAUGACCUUCUGGUGGACAUCAAGGCCGAAAAGGUAGAAGCUACAGAGGUUAAACUGGAUGAUAUUGAGUUGUCCUCUGAAACUUUGGGGGUAUCUGUGAACGGACCACUGGUUGAGGUCGAUUCUUUGUUGGAUAAUGUUUAUACUGCUGCUGUAAAAAAACUCAACAGUAAUGUUAGUAUGUUGUUGCCAAAGGGCAGUAUGGAUGACCAAAAUACUGCCCCUCUUAUUACACUGGAUGAUGACAAGGACAGCAUCCCUCAUAAUUUCCUGUUUGGCAAGGCAGCAGUUGGCAUAGAGGACAAGCUAUUGCCUGAUCUCAGUCCAGCUGAACCUCUGGUCCUGCCCAGUCCAGAGCUGCCUGUUCACAUCAGCCCCAGUGAGGAACUUAGCCUUCUUGCUCACACAGCAGGCCCUGCCUUACCCAGUAUCCUGGAGAAGGAUGAGUUUGAGCUUCAGACGGCCUUUGAAGGUAUCAGCUCUGUGGCUGGGACUGAAACUCAGAACUCCUCCAAAAUCCCAGAGGUUGCUGAGGGCACAGCUGCAGCAGAGGGAGACCCCCCAGAUGGUAAGACCAGCAGUGCAUUAGAUGCAGCAAGCAAUACCUCGGACACGGAAAGAUCAGAUGAUGGCAAAGACAAGGAAAUGAAGAAGAUUCAGACAACAGCCACCACACAGGGUGUGCAUGGCCGCCUAGUCUCACAGACGGGAAGGGACAUAUGUGUGGACCUUGGCUUUAGGGGGGUGCCCAUGACAGAAGAACAACGGCAGUUCAGUCCUGGCCCACGCACUACAAUGUUCCGCAUCCCAGAGUUCAAAUGGUCUGCCAUGCACCAGAGACUGCUCACUGACUUGCUGUUUGCACUGGAGAGUGACAUCCAUGUCUGGAGGAGCCACUCCACCAAAUCUGUGAUGGACUUUGUUAAUAGUAACGAGAACAUAAUUUUUGUCCACAACACCAUCCAUUUCAUAUCGCAAAUGGUUGACAAUAUCAUUAUUGCUUGUGGAGGGAUUUUGCCUCUUCUCUCAGCGGCCACAUCUCCUUCAAUGGAGUUGGAAAACAUUGAGGCAACACAGGGUAUGUCGUCAGAGACCGCCAUCAUUUUCCUGUCGCGCCUCAUGGUUAUGGUAGAUGUCUUGGUGUUCUCAAGUUCCCUCAACUUCAGUGAGAUAGAGGCUGAGAAAAACAUGUCCUCCGGUGGCCUAAUGCGCCAGUGCCUCAGAUUGGUGUGCUGUGUGGCCGUAAGAAACUGUUUGGAGUGCAGGCAGAGGUACAACAGAACUCAGGAGAUCCUGCAAAAUGCUGUGACUUCCAGUAAGACAGCCAUGGAGUCUGUCUCUACUAACCUGUCUCCGAUCAAGGACCCUGAUCGCCUUCUGCAGGAUGUAGACAUCAAUCGACUCCGUGCUGUGGUGUUCCGUGAUGUGGAUGACAGUAAACAAGCCCAGUUCAUGGCCUUAGCUGUGGUAUACUUCAUCUCUGUCCUCAUGGUUUCCAAAUACCGUGACAUUCUUGAGCCUCAACGUGAGACUGCCAAGAUAAGCAGCCAGUCAGCCCACAGCAUGCGUCAGGAGAUCAACUCACCAACCAGCACAGAAACACCACCAGUAUUUCAGAGUAGUAAGGACAGUGUUGCAUCAUCUGAAGACCUCCGCAUGGAACACACUCUACCCCACAUAGACUCUGGAAUUGGAGAUGAGCAAGAAGCCAGUGUCCUCAAUGGGUCUGAACUGAACCACAGGAUGGGAGCCAUGACAGCGCUAAUACCCACUCUGUGCUCAGAGGUGAAGAAGUCACAAGUCAGCCUGUUUGAAUCUGCCAACGUUGAGAUCCUUAAACCACCAUCCUCCACUAUGAGUGUUAGUCAGUCCAACAAGGGCCUUAAUGUGAAGGAGAUUUUGAAGAGCCUGGUAGCAGCUCCUGUGGAGGGCAUGGAGGCUGGGCUGGAGCCUGUGUCUUACCCAGACCCCACUGCCAAAGCCCAGACCAUGCUACCCAUGCAGUUUCAUUCCUUUGACAGGAGUGUAGUGGUGCCAGUGAAAAAAACCUCCCCUGGCAGCUUAGCAGUUAACACACUUGGAACCGGCAGUAACAGCAGCACCUCCCCAGGGCUCGCAGCUAGCAGCACCCCCAACGUCUUUGCAGCUGCCUCAGCAGCCCCCAAAAGCAUGAUCAACACUACUGGAGCCACAGAGGCAGCCUCUGCUUCUUCUUCCUCCAGUUUUGUCAAUGGAGCUACUAGUAAAAAUCUUCCGGCUGUGCAGACCGUGGCCCCCAUGCCUGAAGACACCGUAGAGAAUAUGAGUGCCUUUUGUGAAGUAGACCACAAUCUACAGCGUAAGAGACUGACACCUCCCGAGCUCAAACCCUUUAGCUCUCCGACAGGAUUACAGGCAGCCUCCAGAGAUGCAGGCCAGUGUCUUAGCAUUACUACAAAAUUAGAGCGCGCCUUGGAGAAAGUGGCUCCCCUGCUGAGGGAGAUCUUUGUGGAUUUUGCACCUUUUCUGUCACGCACCCUGCUGGGCAGCCAUGGACAAGAGUUGCUUAUAGAAGGUCUAGUAUGUAUGAAGUCAAGCACAUCAGUGGUGGAACUUGUCAUGCUGCUUUGUUCUCAGGAGUGGCAGAAUUCCAUUCAAAAGAACGCUGGCCUGGCUUUCAUUGAGUUAAUCAAUGAAGGAAGGUUGCUCUGCCAUGCCAUGAAGGAUCACAUAGUUCGGGUUGCCAAUGAAGCUGAAUUCAUCCUUAACAGACAGCGGGCUGAGGACGUCCACAAGCAUGCAGAGUUUGAGUCUCAGUGUGUCCAGUAUGCAACUGAAAGAAAAGAAGAAGAGAAGAUGUGUGACCACCUGAUCAGCGCUGCCAAACACAGAGACCACGUGACAGCCAACCAGUUGAAGCAGAAAAUUGUCAACAUCCUUACAAACAAGCAUGGUGCCUGGGGUAAACCAGGGCAGAGUGAGCUGCAUGACUUCUGGCGACUCGAUUACUGGGAAGAUGACCUGCGACGGAGAAGAAGAUUUGUCAGAAACCCAUUUGGCUCCACCCACUUAGAUGUCACAUGCAAGUCCCUGCAGAAUUAUGAUUUAAAGGAGGACAAGUUGGUCAAGGCUAAGAUGGUUUUUCGGAGCCCAAAUGUGGCCAGUCAGAACCCUGAGACCGAACUGAUACUGGAUGGAGACGAUGAUACUGUCAGCCUACUACAGGACAAGGAGAUGGACAACCUGGGUGGCCCAGUGGUCCUGAGCAGCCCGGCCCAGCUUGUUGCCCCUGUCCUGGUCGCCCGGGGAACUCUGUCCAUCACCACUUCUGAAAUAUACUUUGAGGUAGACGAGGAAGACCCUGCCUUCAAAAGGGCCGAUCCUAAGGUGUUGGCAUACACUGAGGGUUUACAUGGGAAGUGGAUGUUCAGUGAGAUCCGAGCGGUCUUCUCCAGACGCUACCUCCUGCAGUGCACUGCGAUGGAGGUCUUUAUGGCCAACAGAACAUCUGUCAUGUUCAACUUUCCUGAUCAGGCCACAGUAAAGAAAGUGGUCUACAGUCUCCCUAGAGUAGGAGUGGGCACCAGCUAUGGACUUCCUCAAGCCAGGCGAAUUUCGUUAGCAACUCCCCGACAGCUUUUCAAAUCCUCCAAUAUGACCCAGCGCUGGCAGAGGAGAGAAAUCUCAAACUUUGAGUAUCUCAUGUUUCUCAACACCAUAGCAGGGAGGACAUACAAUGACCUAAACCAAUACCCAGUCUUUCCCUGGGUCCUCACCAACUAUGACUCUGAGGAGCUCGACUUGACCUUGCCAGGGAACUUCAGAGAUCUCUCAAAGCCUGUUGGCGCACUGAAUCCAAAGCGUGCAGCGUUUUACGCAGAUCGCUAUGACACAUGGGAGGAUGACCAGACGCCACCUUGUCAUUAUAACUCCCACUACUCCACUGCUGCCAACACCCUGCACUGGCUUGUCAGAAUAGAGCCCUUCACCACAUUCUUCCUCAGUACCAAUAAUAACAAAUUUGAUCACCCUGAUCACACAUUUUCUGCCAUUGCCCGCUCCUGGAGGAACUGUCAGAGGGACACCUCUGAUGUAAAGGAAAUGAUUCCAGAGUUCUACUAUCUCCCUGAGAUGUUUGUGAACAGCAACGGCUACCAUCUGGGAAUUAGGGAGGACGGUGCCAUGAUUUGUGAUGUGGACAUGCCAGCCUGGGCCAAGAAACCAGAAGAUCUUGUCAGGAUAAACAGGAUGGCCUUGGAAAGCGAGUUUGUGUCAUGUCAGCUGCAUCAGUGGAUUGACCUUAUUUUCGGCUACAAGCAACGAGGCCCAGAGGCAGUGCGUGCCCUCAACGUCUUUCACUACCUGACUUACGAGGGCUCUGUCAACCUGGACAGUAUUACUGACCCCUUGCUCAGAGAGGCCACAGAGGCGCAGAUCCAGAGCUUUGGACAGACGCCAUCUCAGUUGCUUAUUGAGCCACAUCCUCCACGCAGCUCCGCCAUGCACCUGAGUCCUCUCAUGUUUAAGGACCAGAUGCAGCAGGAUGUCAUCAUGGUGUUGAAGUUUCCAUCUAAUUCGCCCGUAACCCACGUGGCUGCAAAUACUCUGCCCCACCUCACUAUACCUGCUGUGGUUACUGUCACCUGCAGUCGCCUAUUUGCAGUCAAUCGAUGGCACAACACUGUUGGUCUCAGAGGAGCUCCAGGCUACUCUCUGGAACAGGCCCAUCACCUCCCCAUAGAGAUGGAUUCUCUGGUUGCCAACAACACUGGAAGCAACAAGCGUCAGAUCACAGACCUAGUGGACCAAAGCAUCCAAAUCACCACACACUGUUUUGUGGUGACAGCUGACAACCGCUACAUCCUGGUGUGUGGCUUCUGGGACAAGAGCUUCCGUGUGUACUCCUCUGAGACAGGCAAGCUGACACAGAUAGUUUUUGGCCAUUGGGAUGUGGUGACAUGUCUGGCCAGAUCAGAAUCUUACAUUGGUGGAGACUGUUACAUUGUCUCUGGAUCUAGGGAUGCUACGCUGCUGCUGUGGUACUGGAGUGGGCGGCACCAUAUUAUUGGUGAUAACCCAAAUAAUGGGGACUACCCAGCACCACGAGCAGUCCUGACUGGUCAUGACCAGGAAGUUGUGUGUGUGAGUGUCUGUGCAGAGCUGGGCCUAGUCAUAAGUGGAGCCAAAGAGGGUCCAUGUCUGGUCCACACCAUUACAGGGGACCUGCUAAGGGCUUUGGAGGGCCCAGACCACUAUCAGUGCCCGCAGCUCAUCUCGGUGUCCAGUGAGGGCCACUGCAUCAUCUGCUAUGACAGGGGCCGCUUCUGCAACUUUAGUAUUAAUGGCAAACUGCUGGCACAGAUGGAGGUCAAUGAUUCCACCAGGACAAUUCUCCUGAGCAGCGACGGCCACAACCUGGUAACAGGGGGAGAUAGCGGAGUGGUGGAGGUGUGGCAGGCUUGCGACUUCAAACAGCUCUACAUCUACCCAGGCUGUGAUGCAGGCGUCCGAGCCAUGGAUCUUUCACAUGAUCAAAGGACUUUGAUCACGGGCAUGACUUCAGGCAGCAUUGUUGCAUUUAACAUAGAUUUCAACCGAUGGCACUAUGAACAUCAAAACAGGUACUGACAAGAGAUGAAUACACUCAGCAGAAGGCUAGUGCUGAAGGUUAAAAGGAUAUCUACUGUCUGGUGACCAAGCUGUGCAGCAGAUGAUUCAAAGACUGUGGAGAAAACAGCAGAACACUGGCGUGAUAAAGACCUUCUAUAUGUUCAUCUGCCCUCUGAGGCACACGUGUUGCUUUUUAUCUGCCACUGAGCAAUCUGGACAAAUUGUUGAUUUUCACAUCUUACCUGAGUACUAGGCAUUCUCCAGCUGAGUAAAACAGGUAUUCCUUGUUUAGGAGAAAUUGAUAUAAUUUAAAAAAUUGCUAAACACUUUCUUAAUUGUUAAAACUGUGAAAAAGAUCAUUUAUCCACUUUUAGGAACAUUUAUACAUUUGUAUGGCUGAUACUUGGAACACCUUGACAUAAGUUGAGUUGCAAGUACUAUCUCAAGUGUUGAUCUGUAAAGGCUGAAAAAUAUCUAAAUGCUGUUAAACAAGCCUCUUAUCGUUUCCUUCAUGCCAAUCUGUGUUGAAAAUUGUCAUUGCAUUAGUUACAUGUAUGAGGCCAUUGUUUGCUCCUCAGUGGUCACUUCUGAUUUAGGGAAAAGACAAAAUGUUGUUAAUUUGUUAACAUUAAUGUGAGCGAGAAGUCAAAUUUAAUGUGGGUUCUGUCCGUUGUGAUAAAUGUCUUUGAUAUGUCACCAA